AUGUCUAACGUCUAUGAAGCAAUCAAACUGCUUGAUUCAAAAGAGGAAAGAACUGCACUACGAGCCCUCUUCACUAAAGAUCCAGAAAUAGAAGCUAGAGCGGAACGCAUCCUUCCUACAUGUGAGGAUAAUGGAGAGAUAGUUGCUUAUUUCAAAGAACUCUUAAAGCCUG